AUGGUUACUUUGUCGGAUUUUUUGUUGGUUUCCACACAGAGAAGUGGUUCUUUGCCAAAGCAAGAAAUCAAUGCUUCAUUUUUCAAAAGAAAUGCUGACUGGAAAGAGUAUGUUGAUGAAUAUCAUCAUGUGGACAAGUACAAAACCACAUAUGCUGGAAUGGUUGGUCCAGUGGAAAAUAUAUGUAAAUGGAAGUCAUUAGAUGAAAUUCAACAUAAAGUAAAACCUCCACCAUAUGAGAGGCAGAAAGGCAGACCAAGAACUGAAAGGAGAAGAGAUGCAGAUGAAGCUAGAGCUGGAAAUAGACAGAGAAAGCAGUGUAAAUUAUGUUUGGAAUUUGGGAACAACAAGAGGGGUUGUCCUAGAAAGGCUGACUUUGAAGCUGCCCAAGGUGGUGAACCACAAGUGAUGAGGAAUCCAACUACGGAUUUUGUAGAGUAUCUAAAUGAACAACAGAAUAGUGGAAGAGGAGGUGGGAGUGGAGGUGGCAGGACAGGUGGGAGAGGAGGUGGCAUAAGAGGUGGAAGGACAGAUGGCAGAGGAGGUGGAAGGACAGUUGGCAGAGGAGGUGGAAGAGGAGGUGGAAUGACAGGUGGUAGAGGAGGUGGCAGGACAGUUGGUAGAGGAGCUGAAUACUUGAUCUUUGGGGAUGUAACUGAACCAACUGCACCAGCACCAGCACCAACUGCACCAUCAACAACUGCACCAUCUGCACUAGCACCAGCACCAACUGCACCAUCAACAACUGCACCAGCUGCACCAGUUUAA